GAGUGGGAGGGUGUCGCGCUGGGGCCACGUGCUAUCCCCGAACGGGCCGCCCCUCUGCGGCUCCCAAGGUCCCGGAGACAACUGAGGCUGUCAUUCUCCGUGUUUGAGAUUUCAUUUCUGCCCGCCUCGGAGCGGUUUGCAGAGGGGAAAGCGGGUAUUGUGGCUUUCGCACUUGGCUGGCAGUGAAAAUAAAAACCAGACGUGGGGUGAAACGAAGGCAGAGGGACUUGUGAGAAAACCGGACGAAUUUCUGAGGUUGGCAGGAAUUUUCUCCUCACUUGCCUUCCGUAGUGUAUAACGUAAAAUGUUUCAGAAUCAGAGUGCUGAAUUCUUAGUUCUUCUAAGCAAAUGGCUUUAAUGAUGGUACCUUGAAAUGUGUGAAGUGGGACGAGAAUUUUUCGUACCACGGUUCUGAGUUAAGAUUCCCAGCCACUUCUUUACUGCUCGGCGACCACAGAGGUAAGUUUUUUUGUUCCUUUUGUGGUUUCAAGGAGUCACAGGUGUGGAUGACGACUAAGGGAAGAUAGAGAGGUUCUUGUAUUUUCUGUGCAAAAUAUGCAAAUAGGGAAAAAAUGGUGUUUUUGCUUGCUUAUCUCUCAUGCUGCAUUUCAGCGUAAGCACAUUGUUUUGUACUGCUGGUAUUUUUUGAGUAUUUACCAUGGUUCGGGAAAGGAGUCAUCUCUGACAAGGCGCUUAUCUUGAAUGUGGUCAGAGGAAUACAAUGCCUUGUGUGGAAUUAACCAUGGGGUCUGGUUUUCAGUUAAGAAAAUGAGGCAGAAGGGAGCGUUAACCAAGACCUUCCAAGGCCCGGCCAUGGUCUGUGGGACUCGGAGCAGCCAAGUUUACGUGUUUGAGAAUGGUGAUGGGGACCCUGGGGACUCCUCGGAGGAAGAGUCCCACCGUGUGGCUCUGCGGCCGAGGGCCAAGGAGCGCCAGAAGAAGGGUGCCCACCACCCUCCCCACCCAGGAGCAGGGGACGUCGUAUUGCUGCAGCGGGAGCUGGUCCAGGAGGACAGCCUCAACAAGCUCGCUCUCCAGUACGGCUGCAAAGUUGCAGAUAUCAAGAAAGCCAACAACUUCAUCCGGGAACAAGACUUGUAUGCUUUGAAAUCUAUUAAAAUUCCAGUGAAAAACCAUGGGAUCCUAACAGAGACCCACAAAGAACUCAGACCCCUCCUCGGCCCGUCCUCCGAGACCAGGGUGACCUUCGAGGAGCAGCCGGACCAGGACGGGGCGGCCGCCAGCACCGCCGCCAGCCCGCUGACGGAUUUCUUCAAGGGCAUCGACCAGAACAUCGAGCACGCGGUGCGGUCGGAAAUCUUUGGGAGGGACGGUUACUGCGUGGAGCCCCCCGAUCAGCUGCUGCCCCCGGCCCCCGCGAAGACGCCGGCGGACGGGGCGGACUGUGGGAUUCAGUGGUGGAAUGCUGUCUGUAUCAUGCUUCUCGUGGGCGUCGUCUUACCUGUGUUCUAUCUGGUCUACUUUAAAAUACAAGCCACAGGGGAGAGUCCUGGGAGCUGGAACGCAACCGCUGUCCCCAACGGCUCGGUGGCGGUGAGUGCGGUUCCGGGGCACGCCCCCAAAGCGGCGAUCCCAGUGGCAGCCACCCCCUCUCUGGACGGCCCCCUCAGACCCGCCGCCUGGGUGGGGAACUAGCUGCGGCUGCUGCGGCUACAGGCUCGGGUAGCGACGGGCCCCUGACCCGCAUCCGCUGGCACGGCCGCCCCCUGGGGUGCUGCGCUGACUGCCCUGUGGGAUCCGACCCAUUCCGGAAGCCACCAGCGUGCCCUCACUGAACACCCUCGUCGAGUGCGCGUGCCCGUCCUCGCCGAAUGCACGGCGGUGGAGCCGAACCACCCACGCCCUCGGCCGCGCGCGCACCCUGGAAGGCGCAGCAGGAGAAGCACUGACGCGUGUUUGUGGGGGGCUGAGUGUCUUCACGGCAGCGCUGUGCGGCCCCAGAUGGACGUGCUGGGGAGGAGAGCGCUGGCCUCCGCCGGCGCACCUGCGGGGUGGGAGCCCGGGGCUGGGCUCUGGGCGCCGGGCUGUCGGCAGUGGUCCCCGCCCGCCUGCCGCGGAGGGUGACCGGCUCUGACCGGCCUGAAGGGGCCCCUGUCUGCCCGGCAGACGGCGCAGUCCAGUCGUGAAUGCCGCCCUGCCUCGUGUCUGCCUCACCCGUCCGCCUUUGUGAGGCAACGCCACUUCUAAAAUAAUAAAAAACGCCCUAAACCCUGGUUGCCACAGGGUUCCAUUUGUCACCACUGACUUCACCGCGUGGGGCCCAGGGUCCUGUGGGAACAUGACUUUUGCCCGGCAAAGAAUGAAUGCUGGAUCCUCCAAACGGAAUAAAAUAAUUUCUUCUGUGAAG